CAUCCUAAUUUUCUCAUAAAUCCUGAAACCCUAGCAAUCUCUCCCUUUCUUUUCACAGAGACUCAAACCCUGGAGGACCAAAACCUAAACCCAUGGCCUCAACAACGAUGAAGACGGUCUCAGGGAGGGUCCUCUCGUCGAAGCCAAUCUCUCUCAAGAAGGCGACUACUACACUCUCCACCUUCGUCGCCUCCGAUAACGGCGCGUCGCCGGUCAUCUCCGCCUACCUCCGACGCGCCUUGUCUGCAUUCAAGGAGUUGAGACAGCACGAGAAGGAGCUAAGAGCUCCGGGCUCCGACCGGACGAGCGAUUGGUCCAAAUCGGAGUUCCUCAGCGAGGGUGAUACCGUCGGCGUUAACUCGUCACGGAUUCAGAGUAUCGAGGUGAGUCAAGCUCCGAGUCACAAACCCAAAAAACGACUUCGUCCGGAGAGUAUUGAUAGUUUUGGCACGAACCUGACCCCUGCGGAUAACGGAGGUGUGGAGAGUAAGCUGAAAGUCGAUGUUGUAGAGAAUUCGGUUCGGGACGUGGAGUCGGGUCACGGAGACCAGGAAACUAGCUUGGAAAUAGAGAGUGAUAGAAAAAAACACAAAAAGAAGAAGAAGAAGAAGGAGGAGAAGGCGAAGGCGAAGGCGAAGGAUGAGGAUGAUAAUAUCGAAAAUGUUCAAUGUGGUGGGGAUAGAAUGGUAAUUGAGGAAGAGCCAGAGAGUAAUAAAAAGAACAAGAAAAAGAAGAAGAAGAAGAAGAAAAAUGAUGGUGGUGAUUAUGAGAACAAUGUGAUUGAAGCUGAGGAGGAGAAUAAUAUUGGAAUUGAAGAAGUAAAAAAAGAGGAGAGCAAGAAGAGGAAGAGUGUCGAGGAGGUUGAAGUCGAAGUGGAUGGCAAGAACAAGAAGAAGAGGAGGAAAACUGGUUGAGUUGAGCUAAUUUUGACUUAAUUAGGUGUUUUAGCAAUCAAUUCUUGAUUGGUGUUGUAUUUGGAAACCCGUGGAGAUUUCGUUACGAAGCAAUUCGUAGGCUCAAUCGAUUCUUAAGGGUAAAUUUAUUUUAGUAUCGGAUCAUGUUUUUGAUGUAACGUUUGAGAGUAUAUUUUUCUUGGUAGCUUUUGAUUGAAAUGAAAUAUUUUUUAUGGUUAAUGUUA